UCACAGCAGCAGGCUCAGGAUCAGAAGCUGCUGGGCAUGAGGAGGGGGACUCGUGGGUGCCGCAGAGAGGAAGGUGGAAGAAGGGCAGCAGGAUUGGGUCGGGAGGAUUUGGGUCCGUGUACAAAGGAAGCGACAUAGAUACAUCACGUGUGUUUGCUGUCAAGGAGGUCAAUAUCUCGGACCAUAGCUCUAUCUCUCAGCUCGUGCAGGAGAUCGACACGCUGAAGAAGAUGCGUCACAAGCGCAUCGUCCGAUAUCUCGGCUCGGAAACUGACGACAAGUGCAUGUAUCUCUUUCUGGAGUACAUGGACACAUCGCUCUCCAAAUACCUGGAGGACUUUGGCCCCUUGGAGGAGCAUCAGAUCGCCAAGUACACUCGCCAGCUACUCGAGGGGUUGGCGUACCUGCAUGACAACAAUAUUGUGCACCGAGACGUGAAGGGGAAGAACAUUCUGCUGGAUACCAAGGGAAACGCCAAGCUCGCUGACUUUGGUGUAGCGAAAUACGUGGAGACGCCAGCAGACAUGUCAGGCAUGCGCGGCACUGUGUGGUGGAUGGCGCCUGAGGUGAUCAACCAGCGGCCGGAGGGGUACAACUGGCCGGUGGACAUCUGGAGUUUGGGCUGCACCGUCAUCGAGAUGGCCAUGCGGGUUGUCGAUAAGCGUCUGCGCAUUCCCUGGCUUGACGUCGAGGGCAAGCCGCCCUGGGGGGCGUCUCCUACUGACGGGCUGCGUAACAAGCCCCUCGACCCCCCUUCCUUCCCCUUCCUCUGUGCUCCCGUCCUCCCCGCGCUUCUCAUGCCUCUCUCUCCUCCUCGUCCUCCCUCUCCCCUUUCCUCUCCGUCGUCCCUCACUCACCCUCCACCCUCCUUCUCUCGGCCAGUCAACCCCUCCUGCCUCCGCCCCCUUCUCCCCUAUGCUCCCUUCCUCCCCUCUCGUCCCUCCCUCGCUUUUCAUGCCUCCCUCCUCUCUCUCACUCCCUCUCCCCCUCCUCCCCCUCACCCCUUCCUCCCUCUCCCCCUCCCCCACCCUCACCCCUUCCUCCCUCUCCUCCCCCCCCUUCAGAUGGCGGUUAUCCUGCGUAUAGGCAGCACAACAACCCCCCCGCCUAUCCCCAGCCACCUCUCAGACUGUGCCAAGGGCUUCCUCCACCACUGCCUCUCAGUCAACCCCUCCUGCCUUUUCUCCCCAUCCCCCUUCCACCUCCCCCAGAUGGCAGCUAUUCUGAGAAUAGGCGGCACCCAAACACCCCCGCCCAUCCCCAGCCAUCUCUCGGACUGCACCAAGGGCUUCCUCCACCACUGCCUCUCAGUCAACCCCUCCUGCCUUUUCUCCCCAUCCCCCUUCCACCUCCCCCAGAUGGCAGCUAUUCUGAGAAUAGGCGGCACCCAAACACCCCCGCCCAUCCCCAGCCAUCUCUCGGACUGCGCCAAGGGCUUCCUCCACCACUGCCUCGCUGUCAACCCCUCCUGCCUUUUCUCCCCAUCCCCCUUCCACCUACCCCAGAUGGCAGCUAUUCUGAUAAUAGGCGGCACCCAAACACCCCCGCCCAUCCCCAGCCAUCUCUCGGACUGCGCCAAGGGCUUCCUCCACCACUGCCUCUCAGUCAACCCCUCCUGCCUUUUCUCCCCAUCCCCCUUCCACCUCCCCCAGAUGGCAGCUAUUCUGAGAAUAGGCGGCACCCAAACACCCCCGCCCAUCCCCAGCCAUCUCUCGGACUGCGCCAAGGGCUUCCUCCACCACUGCCUCUCAGUCAACCCCUCCUGCCUUUUCUCCCCAUCCCCCUUCCACCUCCCCCAGAUGGCAGCUAUUCUGAGAAUAGGCGGCACCCAAACACCCCCGCCCAUCCCCAGCCAUCUCUCGGACUGCGCCAAGGGCUUCCUCCACCACUGCCUCUCAGUCAACCCCCCCUGCCUUAUCCCCCUUCCACCUCCCCCAGAUGGCAGCUAUUCUGAGAAUAGGCGGCACCCAAACACCCCCGCCCAUCCCCAGCCAUCUCUCGGACUGCGCCAAGGGCUUCCUCCACCACUGCCUCUCAGUCAACCCCUCCUGCCUUUUCUCCCCAUCCCCCUUCCACCUCCCCCAGAUGGCAGCUAUUCUGAGAAUAGGCGGCACCCAAACACCCCCGCCCAUCCCAGCCAUCUCUCGGACUGCGCCAAGGACUUCCUCCACCACUGCCUCUCAGUCAACCCCUCCUGCCUUUUCUCCCCAUCCCCCUUCCACCUCCCCCAGAUGGCAGCUAUUCUGAGAAUAGGCGGCACCCAAACACCCCCGCCCAUCCCCAGCCAUCUCUCGGACUGCGCCAAGGGCUUCCUCCACCACUGCCUCACUGUCAACCCCUCCUGCCUUUUCUCCCCAUCCCCCUUCCACCUACCCCAGAUGGCAGCUAUUCUGAUAAUAGGCGGCACCCAAACACCCCCGCCCAUCCCCAGCCAUCUCUCGGACUGCGCCAAGGGCUUCCUCCACCACUGCCUCUCAGUCAACCCCUCCUGCCUUUUCUCCCCAUCCCCCUUCCACCUCCCCCAGAUGGCAGCUAUUCUGAGAAUAGGCGGCACCCAAACACCCCCGCCCAUCCCCAGCCAUCUCUCGGACUGCGCCAAGGGCUUCCUCCACCACUGCCUCUCAGUCAACCCCUCCUGCCUUUUCUCCCCAUCCCCCUUCCACCUCCCCCAGAUGGCAGCUAUUCUGAGAAUAGGCGGCACCCAAACACCCCCGCCCAUCCCCAGCCAUCUCUCGGACUGCGCCAAGGGCUUCCUCCACCACUGCCUCUCAGUCAACCCCCCCUGCCUUAUCCCCCUUCCACCUCCCCCAGAUGGCAGCUAUUCUGAGAAUAGGCGGCACCCAAACACCCCCGCCCAUCCCCAGCCAUCUCUCGGACUGCGCCAAGGGCUUCCUCCACCACUGCCUCUCAGUCAACCCCUCCUGCCUUUUCUCCCCAUCCCCCUUCCACCUCCCCCAGAUGGCAGCUAUUCUGAGAAUAGGCGGCACCCAAACACCCCCGCCCAUCCCAGCCAUCUCUCGGACUGCGCCAAGGACUUCCUCCACCACUGCCUCUCAGUCAACCCCUCCUGCCUUUUCUCCCCAUCCCCCUUCCACCUCCCCCAGAUGGCAGCUAUUCUGAGAAUAGGCGGCACCCAAACACCCCCGCCCAUCCCCAGCCACCUCUCGGACUGCGCCAAGGGCUUCCUCCACCACUGCCUCUCAGUCAACCCCUCCUGCCUUUUCUCCCCAUCCCCCUUCCAUCUCCCCCAGAUGGCAGCUAUUCUGAGAAUAGGCGGUACCCAAACACCCCCGCCCAUCCCCAGCCAUCUCUCGGACUGCGCCAAGGACUUUCUCCGCCACUGCCUCGCUGUCAACCCCUCCCACCGCCUGCGAGCGCACAAGCUCAUGCAGCAUGUGUUCAUCGCAGGGCCAGUGCCCGUGGGGAUGGGGUUGAGCGAGCCGUUGUUCCAAAGCUCUGGUGGUGGUUCGGGCCCCGAGCCUCUCUUCUCCGCCAGCAGCACUGCAGCUUCCAGUGCUAGUGGUAGAAGCCACUCAGGCUCGGGCCCCGAGCCUCUUUUCCCGAGCCAGGACAACCGAACCUCACCUCCUCCUCAUCACCAGUACCACCAGCAGCAGCAGAUGCCUCUUGAUGGCACACGCAGUCCCAAUUCUAAUGAGCUACAACACGUGGGGAACACAGGCAGCAGCAGCAAUAACAGUAUCAAUUACCCUGCCAAAUCCCCGCCUAGGAGCAAGCCUAAAUCCCUCUCUGGCCCUCUCACGCCUCCCCGUCGCCGCCCGGGCAGAGAGUCAGGACGGACAUACAGCCAUGGAAUGCCGGCCCUUCCGGACCAAGGGGCUUACAUGGAGGAGAGUGAAGGAGUGGGGGAUCGGCCGUACAGCGGCGGUGGGAGAUCGUUGGGGGGGGAGCAAGAUGGUGGUGGGGAUGGGUACGGUGGCGGUGGCGAUCGGUAUGGUGGUGGAGGGCCAGUGGGGCAUUGGAAUCAGAGGGACGUCUCACCACACCGAGCCUCCUCCCUCUCCAUCCCCCCUCACGACCGUCCCCACAACUUCCCCCUGCAAGGCCCCCACACGGCCCCCCUGCACCAGUCACCCGGCCAGUACCCCUACUCUUCCCAGCAAAACGCCUACCACCACCUUCAACCGCAGCAGAACCCCUCUUACCCCCAGCGGCCUUACGACCACUACCCCCCACCGCCGCCUAACCAGUACUCGCAGCAGAUGUGGCAGGGUGGGGGAGGGGGGGGAGGGGGAGCAGGGGGAGGAGGGGGGCGGAUGGGGGGUGGGUGGGAACAGGGGGCAGAGGGUAUGGGCGGGUAUGGGUCUUCACCUCAAGUUUCUGGCGGUGGUGGUGGUGGUGGUUAUCCUGGUGGUAUGCGUGGGGACAUGAGAGGAGGCAUGGGCCCAGGCAUGAGGCAGGAGCCGCAGCUGCCGAAGACGAAGGAGAAGAGGCUGAAGCUGAAACAGCCACCCCCGUCGCAGGGAGUGGCGUACCGUGCAGUGCCGGAUCCGGACCUUGCAAGCCCCCCGUUUGAGUCACCCUAUACUGCUCCUGACAUUCCCUUGGAUUACCACCAGCAGAACGGCACUAACUUCCCCGAGCAGGUGCUUCUCGCCCCAGCUUCUCCUGAUGGUCUCUUCAUGUUUGUGCGGUUUGUCAUCCCCAACAUCAUGCCGUUAAGUGCAUGCGAGAAGAGGCACAAGCUGCCAAUUGACCUGCUCACGGAACUGGGGGAAGAGGCUAGUGCGUGGAAAGCAGGUGUGGAGGAGAAAGAGGGUGACAAUAACGAGGAGGACGAGGACGAGGAAGAGGAGAGGAAGGUGGGGGAGGAGGGGUUGAUGGAAGGCGGGAUGGGGGACAAAAAAUGCAGAAGCAAGCGUUCUGUGCUCUAUGGCAUUGAUCCCAACGCCCUCAACCAAUCGGCAAGUGGUCGUUCCUUCCGCUAUGCCUUUGCCGAGGGUACAGAUGGUGCAUACGUGUCUGGGGAUACCUUCUUCAUCCCCAUCGGCCCGCUCCUCCCUUCCACGCGCUACUUCUACCGAGUCGAAGGCUCUCCCAUCACACACUCCUUUGUGUCACUCCCUGCCCCCGGCUCUGCUUCCGCCUACCCAUUCAAAGUCGCACUCGUCGGUGAGUCUGUUUAUCGCCUUGGGAAUUCUCAAAAUGCACCUGCAGCACCUAACUGCCUCCAACCACUCCCACCCACCGCGCUGUUAUCAAUUAUAGUCUUCCCCACCACCAUCCACUCCUUCACCUCGUUCUCUGGCCCCCAUCCGGGCAAUGUGGGGCAGGCUUUCAACAGCAGCACCGCAUUUGACCAUGUCAAACCCCACAGCCGCAACCUGCUGCUGUUCGCGGGGGACCUGAGUGCUUUCCCUCCGCCCUCUCUCCCGCAAUCCGCCCUCUCUCCCGCAAUCCGCCCUCUCUCCCGCAAUCCGCCCUCUCUCCCGCAAUCCGCCCCUCUCCCGCAAUCCGCCCUCUCUCCCGCAAUCCGCCCUCUCUCCCGCAAUCCGCCCUCUCUCCCGCAAUCCGCCCUCUCUCCCGCAAUCCGCCCUCUCUCCCGCAAUCCGCCCUCUCUCCCGCAAUCCGCCCUCUCUCCCGCAAUCCGCCCUCUCUCCCGCAAUCCGCCCUCUCUCCCGCAAUCCGCCCUCUCUCCCGCAAUCCGCCCUCUCUCCCGCAAUCCGCCCUCUCUCCCGCAAUCCGCCCUCUCUCCCGCAAUCCGCCCUCUCUCCCGCAAUCCGCCCUCUCUCCCGCAAUCCGCCCUCUCUCCCGCAAUCCGCCCUCUCUCCCGCAAUCCGCCCUCUCUCCCGCAAUCCGCCCUCUCUCCCGCAAUCCGCCCUCUCUCCCGCAAUCCGCCCUCUCUCCCGCAAUCCGCCCUCUCUCCCGCUCCGUUGUCAUCCCCCCAUGUUUCCCUCCUUCCAGGCGACGUGGGACAGACGCUCAACAGCAGCACCACAUUUGACAACGUCAAAGCCGGCAGCCCCAGCCUGGUGCUGUUCGCGGGGGACCUGAGCUACGCUGAUAAAUAUGGCCCACCGCACUGCACCCCACUGGACUCCUCUCAAUCCCUCCCCGCGGUUGAUUCUCCCGAGGCUCGUGGAGGGAGCGAGGGCAAGAUGGAGGGCGAGGGGAAGAGCAAGAUGUGUGGGCUGGGCGGAGUGCGGUGGGACUCCUACAGCCGCUUAUCCGAGAAGGUCUUUGCUCAUAUCCCUGUGGCUCAUGUGCCAGGGAACCAUGAGAUCGAGCUCGUGCCGAGGUGGGGCGAAUUGCGCCCGUUCAAGGUGUACUCUGCGCGGAUCCCCCCUCUGCUGCACCACCACCACCCGCUGCUCGCGAGCCUGCUGUCUAAGGUGAGGGGUGUUGGCUUUCGCAAGGCUGCAGGUGAGCCUGCUGGCCAAGGUACAGUUCGUUCCGUUCAAGGUGUACUCUGCGCGGAUCCCCCCUCUGCUGCACCACCACCACCCACUCCUGGCGAGCCUGCUGGCGAAGGUACAGUACGUUCCGUUCAUGGUGUAUUUUGCGCGGCGGAUCCCCCCUCUGCUGCGCCACCACCACCCACUCCUGACGAGCCUGCUGGCCAAGCAGCAGCAGCAGCACCACCACCACCACCACCACCACCACCACCACCACCACCACCACCACCACCGUGCAUAACCGUCUCAGACACCUCUCUGCCACUGUUCGUUAUGUGUCCCUCUCUCCGUUGUCCUCUCUUGAUCAGGCGGGAAUCACUCCCAACCACCACCACCACCAUCACCAUCACCAUCACCACCAUCACCACCACCACCACCACCACCACCACCACCACCACCACCACCACCACCACCACCACCACCACCACCACCACCACCACCACCACCGUGCAUAACCGUCUCAGACACCUCUCUGCCACUGUUCGUUAUGUGUCCCUCUCUCUGUCGUCCUCUCUUGAUCAGGCGGGAAUCACUCCCAACCACCACCACCACCAUCACCAUCACCACCACCACCACCACCACCACCACCACCACCACCACCACCACCACCACCACCACCACCACCACCACCACCACCACCACCACCACCACCACCACCACCACCACCACCACCACGCGUACCCAUCCAAAGCACCGCUCUUCUAUUCCCUUGAUAUCGGCCCCGUGCAUGCUGGAGUCUCUCCCAACCACCACCAUCACCAACACCACCACCACCACCACCACCACCAUCACCACCACCACGCCUACCCAUCCAAAGCACCGCUCUUCUACUCCCUUGACAUCGGCCCCGUGCAUGUGAUCGCCAUCAAUUCCUACUCGCCUUUUGUUAUCUACACGCACCAGUGGUACUGGUUGCGGGACGACCUGUGCCGCAUCGACCGCGAGAAAACCCCGUGGGUUGUGGCGUUCAUGCACGUGCCUCUGUACAACAGCAACGACGGGCACUACCUGGAGGGCGAGCCGAUGCGGUACGAGAUAGAGGACUGGUUGCACGAGGCAGGGGUGGAUCUGGUGGCGAGUGGCCACGUGCAUGCGUAUGAACGCAGCUACCCUGUUUACGGCAUGAAGAGGAUGGAGACUGGGUGUGCCGCCGUGCAUGUGACGGUGGGGGAUGGCGGCAACAUCGAGGAGAUUGCUGGCCCGUUCCUCGAGCCACAGCCGUCGUACAGCGCGUAUCGAGAGGAGUCGUUUGGCCAUGCUGAGCUCGUUUUUAACGACAAUCGCACCGCCACUUACAGCUGGUACCGCAACCACCAGGGAUCAGGCGUGCUCGCUGAUUCCUUCACUCUUCUCAAUCGUGCCAACAGCUGUGGUGGCCUUCGCCGCCCGUCCUUCUGCUCCUCCUAG